GCUUCUAAAAACGUGAACGUUUCAAUCUCGGGAAGCUUCUCAGGCACCUUUCGUUUUUCUCCCCCUUAUGCCAGAUCUACUCGCACACACACCCACUUACCUUACCCAUCUGCUGGCACUCGGCUGGCCGCCACUACUUGCCACGCUGGCGCUGCUGCUGCUCACCUACCUCCUCGCUCGCCGCCCGCCUGCAGCGUCCAUCCCGCCCAGCGCCGUCCUCCUGCCCUCCACCUCGACCUAUCCGUCGCCUGCUUACUCCGCCGCCUACAAACUGCCAAUCGCUCGGCUCCUCAAUGACCUCCUACACGGCCACACCGAACUGCGCAAUGCCCACUCUGGCCAGGCGCUGCUGCGGCUGCCCGACAUCGCCAACUUCACACCCACGCCCACCCUACUCUUCCAGUAUCUCGCCACCAGACACUCGGCCUGCAACAGCAUCGAUAAUUACGUGCUCGCCAGCGACGCCGUUCUCGAGGCCAUCCAGGGGCCCGACCGACUGCCACUGGCUGGCUGCUUCCGCGACAGCGCGCCUUCCCAACUAGAAUCGGCGCUGGACGCCCAGCUGGCGCGCAUCGGCCGCGACUACCUCGACCUGCAGCCCGACGACCAGCUGCUCGACAUCGGCAUGCACUGGGGUGACGUUUCAGUCUAUCUCGCUCACGAGCAUCGCGUCAAAACCACCGCCGUCCUGCCCGCUGCCUCGCAGCUCGCCCACGCCGCAAACCUGGCUGGGGAGUCAAACGCCCGCCACCUCGUCGAGCUGGUCCACGGCGACCACUGCACGCUCCCCGACAGGCAGUUCACCAAGGCCAUGGCCCUUGAUGCCCUCGACUUUGUUGGCGCCCGCAACCUCCCGGCGUUCUUUGCCGCCAUGGGCCAGCACCUCGAGCUCAACGCCCGCCUGUUUCUGCAGGUCACCACGACACCCGCCUGUAUGGGCCCGGCGGACCGCCCGCGCGGCCAGCUCAUCCUGCAGGCGGACGAGGAUGAGGGCGAGGAGGUAGCCACGCUAAGGCUUAGCGAGCCUGAGGAGCAUGCUGAGAUCUGGUGGUACCACGCGUUCCGCUUGCGCCAUAUCGCCCCGGGCGCCGACACCCAGGCAAAUGUUUCCAUCGAGCAUGUCCUCACUGAGCUCCAGCGCGCCGGCUUCGAGGUCAUGCAGCUUGAGAGCCUCACCACCGACUACGCCCUCACCAUGGCCACCUGGUGCCGCAGGCUCUGCGCCAAUAAACGCCAGAUCGAAGCUGAGGUCGGUCCAGACGCCUACCGUGCUUGGGAGCUCUACUUGAAUUGGACACAGAGCCUGCUUGCCCGCGGCCGCCUCCACAAGCACUUUGUCCUGGCCGUCAAGCGGGUGUAGCUACUCUUUCUUCUUCUGGUUGCUAGACACUUUUCGCACCAUCUACAAAUAUCUGCCAUGCCAUCUGCUCCCCCUCCCCUCAAGGGCCACUGUGAUAUCUGGUGUGCUUACAUCUGAGGGCAAAAAUAUGUGGGUGCAAGCCAGGAAGGACAACUGACGA